AUGAAUAUUCUCUUUUUAAAGGGUCAUAAGUGGUCAGUGGAUGUCCGACAACUUCCCGUCCGACAAAAGUCUGUUCGUCCUACCUCUAUCCAACGUCCAGAGGAGUCUCGCUGCCUAUGGCAGGGUGUUACUGAGGCACUAAAAUGCAACGAUUUAAAAAUGGCUACUGACCGCAAACGCGAGUUAGAAGAGCGUCAACGAGUCUGCGAGAAGUUCCGUGCAGCCCAUCGACUCUCAUUUCCAGUGAAAUACUUUAUCUGGAACGGAGACAUUUGGAGUUAUAGAUCGGAUUUGCGUAUGCGAGAAGAGCUCGUUUCUUGA